GAAAGAAAGUUUUGACUUUUUUAACGUUAAGACCAAAGAGACACAAGUGCGAGCUGAUCUUCGUCCUCUUCGCUGGAUCUUCACUCUCCGCAUCUGCUUCCAUUACUUGCCUUAUCAAAUUUUGUCACUUUGAACAGAGCUAAUAAAAAAUCGGAUUGCAGAUUUCAGAAAUUAACAGAGGCAGAGAGAGAGAAAAGACGCAAUGGCUGUAGUUGCUUCUGCUCCGGGUAAGGUGUUGAUGACUGGGGGUUACCUCAUAUUGGAAAGACCCAAUGCAGGGAUUGUACUCAGCACAAAUGCUCGAUUCUAUGCCAUUGUGAAGCCUAUUUACGAUGAAAUCAAACCUGAUAGUUGGGCAUGGGCAUGGACUGAUGUGAAAUUAACAUCUCCCCAACUAGCAAGGGAAAGCUUGUACAAAUUGUCACUGAAAAAUUUAGCUCUUCAGUGUGUCUCUUCAAGUGCAUCAAGGAACCCUUUUGUGGAACAAGCAGUGCAAUUUGCUGUAGCAGCUGCACAUGCAACACUUGACAAAGAUAAGAAGAAUGUCUUAAACAAGCUACUCUUGCAAGGUCUUGAUAUUACAAUAUUAGGUACCAAUGACUUCUAUUCAUACCGAAAUGAGAUUGAAGCAUGUGGACUCCCUUUGACACCAGAAUCAUUGGCUGCACUUCCUUCUUUUUCCUCAAUCACCUUCAAUGUAGAGGAAGCAAAUGGACAAAACUGCAAGCCUGAGGUAGCUAAAACUGGAUUGGGUUCAUCAGCAGCAAUGACCACUGCUGUAGUUGCUGCUUUACUUCAUCACCUUGGAUUAGUUGAUCUUUCAUCCUCUUGUAAAGAGAAGAAAUUUUCUGAUCUUGAUUUGGUACAUAUAAUAGCCCAAACUGCCCAUUGUAUUGCACAAGGGAAAGUCGGCAGUGGAUUUGAUGUUAGUUCUGCAGUUUAUGGCAGUCAUCGUUAUGUGCGCUUCUCUCCAGAAGUGCUUUCCUCUGCUCAGGAUGCUGGGAAAGGAAUUCCAUUACAGGAAGUCAUUUCUAACAUCCUAAAAGGAAAAUGGGACCAUGAGAGGACUAUGUUUUCCUUGCCACCAUUGAUGAGCCUGCUACUAGGUGAGCCAGGAACUGGAGGAUCUUCCACGCCAUCAAUGGUAGGUGCUGUAAAGAAAUGGCAGAAGUCUGAUACUCAGAAAUCCCAAGAAACAUGGAGAAAGUUGUCAGAGGCAAAUUCAGCACUUGAAACGCAAUUCAAUAUUUUAAGCAAGCUCGCAGAAGAACAUUGGGACGCGUAUAAAUGUGUGAUAGACAGUUGCAGCACAAAAAACUCAGAGAAGUGGAUUGAGCAGGCAACUGAACCCAGCCGAGAAGCAGUUGUUAAAGCAUUAUUAGGAUCAAGAAAUGCCAUGCUUCAGAUCAGAAAUUACAUGCGCCAGAUGGGUGAGGCUGCAGGUGUUCCGAUAGAGCCUGAAUCACAGACUCGACUUUUGGAUACUACUAUGAAUAUGGAUGGAGUCUUGUUGGCUGGAGUUCCUGGAGCAGGUGGGUUUGAUGCAGUCUUCGCUGUUACCUUAGGGGACUCUGGUGCCAAUGUGGCAAAAGCUUGGAGUUCACUCAAUGUUCUGGCCCUGUUGGUUAGAGAAGACCCUAAUGGUGUUUUGUUAGAAAGAGGCGAUCCAAGAACCAAGGAAAUCACAACAGCUGUUUCUGCAGUUCAUAUUUGAGCAAAAGGCAUAUCAUUCAGUCGUAGUUGAUAAACUAUGCCCACCAUCACAAAGGUGGGAAAUGCAAUCUGUCAAAGGAACUCUCAAUUGACAAUCAAUAGAUUUGCUUUUUGGAAUA